CUGCGGCCAGACCGAACACCGGCAAGCGUGUGAGAGAGGGAGUCAAAUAGAAAGAUAGGGAGACAGAGGAAGUUACCCAGCCCAGAAAAAAAUAUUAAAUUAUCAGUCAAAAUACAUAAGGAUAUUGGAAGACAAAAACGAAUUGAAUUUGGGAGAAUACAAAGACCUAAGACGCAAUGAUGACCCAAAUAGAGACGACAGUGCAUUAUAAUAACGGAUUCGGGGAUGAGGAGGACUACAUGAUACAGGAGGAUGAGUGGGACAGGGACAUGUUGCUGGACCCUGCCUGGGAAAAACAGCAAAGAAAGACCUUCACAGCCUGGUGUAACUCCCACCUGAGGAAAGCAGGAACACAGAUUGAGAACAUUGAGGACGACUUUAGGAAUGGCCUCAAACUCAUGCUUCUCUUGGAAGUUAUUUCAGGUGAGAGGUUACCCAAGCCUGACAGAGGGAAGAUGCGUUUUCACAAGAUUGCCAACGUCAACAAAGCCUUAGAUUUCAUCACCAGCAAAGGAGUGAAACUUGUCUCUAUUGGAGCUGAAGAAAUUGUGGAUGGUAACAUUAAGAUGACACUGGGAAUGAUAUGGACCAUCAUCCUCCGCUUUGCCAUCCAGGACAUCUCUGUAGAAGAAACCUCUGCAAAGGAAGGCCUUCUCUUGUGGUGCCAGAGAAAGACUGCCCCCUACAGGAAUGUCAAUGUCCAGAACUUUCAUGUUAGCUGGAAGGACGGACUGGCCUUCUGUGCCCUGAUUCACAGACACAGGCCUGACCUCAUCGACUACGCUAAGCUCAACAAGGAUGAUCCCAUGGGGAACCUGAACCUGGCGUUUGAAAUAGCAGAGAAGCACCUGGAUAUUCCCAAGAUGCUGGACGCAGAAGACAUCAUCAACACCCCCAAGCCUGAUGAGAGAGCUAUCAUGACCUAUGUGUCCUGCUUCUAUCAUGCAUUUGCUGGAGCCGAGCAGGCUGAAACGGCAGCCAACAGGAUUUGUAAAGUGCUGGGUGUGAACCAGGAGAAUGAGAAACUGAUGGAGGAAUACGAGAGGUUGGCCAGCGAGCUACUGGAGUGGAUCCGCCGGACCACCCCAUGGUUGGAGAACAGGACUGCAGAGAAGAACAUGGUUGAGAUGCAGAGAAAGCUGGAAGAUUUCAGAGACUACCGCCGCAUGCACAAGCCCCCCAAGGUGCAGGAGAAGUGCCAGCUGGAGAUCAGCUUCAACACCCUGCAGACCAAGCUGCGCAUCAGCAACCGUCCCGCUUUCAUGCCCUCGGAGGGAAAGAUGGUGUCUGACAUAGCCAGUGCAUGGCAGGGGCUGGAGGGGGCAGAGAAAGGCUACGAGGAGUGGCUUCUGACAGAGAUCCGAAGACUUGAGAGACUGGACCACCUGGCUGAAAAGUUCCGCCAGAAAGCCAGUACCCAUGAGACCUGGGCUAAUGGUAAAGAGCUGAUUCUAUCUCAGAAGGACUACGAGACGGCCACCCUGACGGAGGUGCGGGCGUUGCUACGGAAACACGAGUCGUUUGAGAGUGACCUGGCUGCUCAUCAGGACAGGGUGGAGCAGAUCGCUGCCAUCGCACAGGAGCUCAAUGAGCUGGACUAUUAUGAUGUGGCUGCUGUCAACCAGAGGUGCCAGAGAAUCUGUGACCUGUGGGAUCAACUUGGUACACUGACCCAGAAGAGGAGAGAGGCUCUGGAGAGGACAGAGAAGUUGCUGGAAACCAUUGAUCAGUUGUUCCUGGAGUUUGCCAAGAGAUCAGCACCCUUCAACAACUGGAUGGAAGGGGCCAUGGAGGAUCUGCAGGACAUGUUUAUUGUACACACUAUCGAUGAGGUCCAGAGCCUGAUCUCUUCCCAUGAGCAGUUCAAGGCCACCCUCCCAGAGGCAGACGGAGAGAGACAGGCCAUCCUGGGGAUCCACAUGGAGGUGCAGAAGAUCUCCCAGAGCUACGGCAUCAAGGCCAACCUCAUCAACCCCUACAGCACCAUCACCACCGAGGAACUCCUCGCCAAGUGGGACAGGGUGAAGAAGCUGGUUCCCCAGAGAGAAGGCUCCCUCCAGGAAGAGCUAGCCCGGCAGCAUGCUAGCGAGAGGCUGAGACGGCAGUUUGCUGUCCAGGCUAACCUCAUCGGACCAUGGAUACAGACAAGGAUGGAGGAGAUCGGCCACUGCUCCCUGGAGGUGGGUGGUACCCUGGAGGACCAGAUGACCCAGCUGAAGCAGUUUGAGCACGUCAUCGUCACCUACAAGCCCAACAUCGACAAGCUGGAGGGAGACCACCAGCUCAUCCAGGAGUCUCUGGUGUUUGACAACAAGCACACCAACUACACUAUGGAGCACAUCCGUGUGGGCUGGGAGCUCCUCCUCACCACCAUCGCCCGCACCAUCAACGAGAUCGAGACCCAGAUCCUGACCCGUGAUGCCAAGGGCAUCAGUCAGGAACAGAUGCACGAGUUCCGCUCUUCCUUCAACCACUUUGAUCGGGAGAACACAGGCAAACUGCGUUGUGAGGAGUUCAAGGCCUGUCUCAUCAGCCUGGGUCAUGUGGGCAAUGACCAUCAGAAGAAACACGGGGCGAUGGACACUGAUGACUUUAGGGCCUGUCUGAUCUCCAUGGGUUAUGAUUUGGGUGAAGUGGAAUUUGCCCGCAUCAUGAUGCUGGUAGAUCCCAGUGCCACUGGCAUGGUGUCUUUCCAAUCCUUUAUCGAUUUUAUGACCAGAGAAACCACUGACACAGACACCGCCGACCAGGUCGUGGCAUCCUUCAGAAUCCUGGCAGCCAAUAAGCCCUACAUCCUGGUUGAGGAGCUGAGGAGGGAGCUCCCCCCUGACCAGGCAGAGUACUGCAUCUUGAGGAUGGCCCCCUACAGUGGUCCAGGGGGACCCGUGGGGGCUCUAGACUACACCGCCUUCUCCACUGCCCUCUACGGAGAGAGUGACCUCUAACCCUGCAAGAUGACCCCCAAGAUUGACCUUUUGAUGCCAGCCAACACUUCUGGAUGAAAUCCCCUUUAACCAAACACACUGUAAAAGCAAGGCAAAGUUAGCUAUGUUAGAUUCACAUUAGGUAGAUAUUGUACAUUUGCCUACUAUUGUGUGGCACAGUAGUUUCCCUCAUAUGAGUUCUGCGGUGAAAUGAAGAUAGCAGAUAACAAAAACUGUUCUUCUAAGAAAAAUGAUAUGAUUGUAUAAGCUACAAUAGUUUGAUAUAAUAGACCAGUUGACUACAGUAAUAGCAGCAGUUGGAUUGUAGCUAGAACAGAAAAAUAGCAGACUAAUAGUAAACAUUGUGUCCUCAUCUCCUGUUAGUGCCUCAUCAGGAACUAACAUACAGUAUGAGUUCUGAUUGGGAAUAAGACAGAGUGGUAUAUGAUGAUCCAAACAUCAGGAUUAGGAUUAUUUAAAUGUUGGGAUAUCUGUUUGCUGAUUUGUGAGAUUAGAUCUGGACUAAUUUAGCAAAAUCUUGAUUGAAAUGACAGUAAAGUAUCAUAAUAGGUUCUAUGAUAGCACACUGAUAACUGUGUAAGGUUAUCAAGUGUGCCUCUCAUACUCCAUUCUAAAAAAGUAAUGACCAACAUGUUGUUUAUGUCAACAAAAUGUACUUGUGAUAUAAUCAUAGCACAUGGUGCCUGCUCUAUGCUAACUUUUCUCGCAAGUUACCCAAUAUAAAUGAAGAACAGUUUGGCUAAAGGCUAUGAGUGAUUAAUUGAACAAUACGUUCCACAGUUCAUACACAAUAUAUACAUCUCAAACCCAAAGCUAAGAGCCUCUUCACACACUUAGCUGACAUUUUUUCAUAAACAUGUCGGCUACACGUUACUCAAAUGUAAACCUCUGGAGGUAGUGCACAACACUCUCUCAAACAGUUGAAAUGUAUAGACAUUUUCCUAAUAUUUGAGACUAAAUAUUGCAGUAACAGUCUGUUACAUUCUGAAAUUGUUGCAGUAGCUGCCGGCUGCACUGAGCCAGGUAAAACUAUGGAAGCCCAUCCUCACCACCAAAAACAUGUCAAAUGAUGGCUAUGAUUUUUAAAACAUGUGUAACAUUUGUGUGGCGAUUUCAGAGGUGGCACCACAGGUCCCAGAGUGGUGGGAGAAUUUUUUUUCCCUAGGGCCCAAUGUUUUUCACGAUCUGGCAGUAGGCUAACCUAACCAACUCUGUACUAUAGUUGUAGCAUUUGACGUAGUAAUAAAUCAGCUGUACAAAAAAAGAGGUUUUAUAUGGGCUAUGAUGGCACCAGAAUUUUUCUGAUCACGUCAUGUGUUUUUUAAAAGCCCCUGGAAAACUCCUGGCCCUAGGGAGGAUGGAAACAUUAAAACCCUUUACACAGACAAAGAGAGAACAACUGCCAUUGGACAAAAAAAGACAAAUGAACAGAUCUGAGCUAGCUGUAUGCAGGAUUGCAUCAUUUAGGCCAUUGUAUCUGUAAUUAAAAAGAUACUCAUACUGAAUGUCAUCACUAUUGUGUUGAUUCAUUAAUUCCAGUCAGUACUUGUUUUAUUAAAAAGGCCUAGCUAGCCUAGCCACCCGAAGUGUGAAUAUAAACCAAAUAUGAUCACAUUUUCUCAAAAGACAAAUAAAUGUGUCUAUUUUGGGCUAUAAAUACAUGUCUUAUGCUAUAAAAUCGUGAUGUUAAGUUUUCCCUGGCCAGGUGUAACGGAUGUGAAACGGCUAGCAAGUUAGCGGUGGUGCGUGAGUGUGAUUAUGAGCCCAAAGAGGGCCAUCAUCAUGUGUGUAGUGAUGCACUAUUUCCGCUACAUACAAACUAUUUAAUGUUGCUAAAUACAGUUAGACAUUAACUAUAAAAAUGUGUGACCCACACUGAAAAACAUUUUCUUCAGCGUUAAUUGAUGCUAAUGUCGCAUACAGCGACAGUUGUUAACAUAUUAAUAUCUCAGACAUAUUCCCUGUAGCUCAUUAAAAUUGUUGUCAAUAUC